AUGGCUCCCAAACAGUUUUCCUUCGGAAAACGGCGAGAAAAGCAUGAAAUAAAUCAUACCCAUAUUCCAGAUCUAAACACUCUUCACAGUCUUGCGACUGUGACCUGUGUUGACAGCAAAACUUGGCUAAUCAAAACCAGCGAGACAAAAACCAAUCCUCUGGAGAAGCCAAACUCAAUUUCUGAAAAACAUAAACAUACAUGGAAGUACAGAAAAAAUAGCACAGUGCUUGAAGGUCUUGUCUGUCCCUUAUGGUCAUUUCAAGGACUACUUGAUGCUCCAACGACCCUGAUCAAAUGA